AUGGAUCGUGUCGCCUCCACUUCGCGCAUCCCUGGGCCGGCUAGCGGCUCGGAGCGAAGCAGCGGAACGAGUGGGGCCGGAAGUAAUAUAAUGGCUGGUACGGGUGGAACGAAUGGAGCAUAUGGUAGUGCAGAUGCCAGUAGUGCUAGCGGAAAGCUUAGCCUUAAAAUUAGCACUGCUGCCGCUGAGGGUCUGAGCAGCGGAGCUGCGCUCAGCUCGAAGUCAGCAGCUGCUUCCGGUAAGAACGCCCCUCGAUUUAAGUACAAGCGCACACCGUCACCCCGCGCCUUGCGGGACGGCUCCCCCCGAAGCCGCCGCCCCGCUUCCCCCCGACGCGCGUCCCCCAAGGGCCCUCCGCGCACCCUAGGCGCCGCGGAAAAAUGGGCGGCGGCCCUGGCGCAAGAGCGCAUCCAAAGGUCCCUCCCGCCUGCGGAUGAUUCUGGGUUUCUUUCAGAGCCUGAAGGGGGGGGAAUGCGCGCAGCUUUACGUGCACGGGCGCAUGGGGGAAGCGCUGGCGUUGCAGGCGCUGCCGCAAUCCGCGCAAUGACGGCGCAGCGGUUUGCGACAGAAGCUGCGCAGUUGCGCGGAUUAGAGCAGGCGUUGGCGCGAGCGGGCUCCUCUGCAGCGGCCGUUAGCGGGAAUGGCGGAAAAGCGUCGGCUACUUGGGGUGAACAAAAGGCUGCGGGUUCAAGUGUCACGACUGCAGCGAAAGGCAGCAAUCUGAUAACGCAGCUGCUCCAUUCAAGCACACUCGCUUCUAUCACUGCAACAGGUAUGGGAGGGGCAGGUUUGUCGAAUCAAACGACCCAGCUUUCCAAGCCUACAACAGCUGCAGUCUACCACCUCCGCGCGCACCCCGCGGGAGCGCCUGCGCUACAGCUCUCCCCGCUCUUCCUUGCCUACCUCGAAGCUUCCAAAAAGCUUCACGGAUACAGCAUGUUCGAGCUCUCGUGUCAGCUAUCGUCCGUCCACCUCUGGCCGCAACCGGCGGCGCAAUACAAGGGGGUCGCAAUGCGCCUGCUGCACGCCGGGGGGGCUCCGCAGCAACGCUCCGCCGCACGGCCGGCGGGGGGGAAAGGCGCGGACUGGGAGGCGCUGCAGCGCAGUCCGCUUCUGCAGUUCUACGUGUUUUGCCGCCAGAUGCUCCUCGAUCUCCUCGCCUCUUCCGCCGCUGCGCUCGACGUUUGCCCCCUUGCGCGCGCUGAGGCGGCUGACCUGGCUGCUGGGCCAAAUGCAUAUCCGAAUGCGAAUGCGGGUGCGAAGGCGGCGUUUUCGGGCAUCGCGCUGUCGUUCGCGCGCAAGCUGUCGGACCUGCGCUGCCUCCAAGCCGCCAUGGGCUUCUGUUCUCGCUGCCGAAAAGUUUCCGGUCCUCGCGGUGAUGCUGCGUGCGUUUGCGUAUCUGACGGCGGGAAUCACAGCGUGUCUGCUCCGCAACUCGCGGAGAAGUGGCUGGCGCUCUGCCGUGGACGAGAGGAGACGGAAAGUCAGGCGGAGAUAACGGCGGAUGGGGGAGAAAAGGUUAACGGCACAGGCACGAAAAGCGCGGGAAGGGCUGCUAUUGGCUCGUGGGAGAGCGAGGGCACGGAGAUGUUGGAGGUGGUGGCUCGAGUGAUCACAGCCGUCCGAUCUCAGGAAAUCAUCGGCAAGUUCAAAGAGCGCAUGGCGGAGAUCGACGGGGCGGAGAGUGCAGGCGGAGGGGAAACGGGGAGUGCUCGCUCAGCAGAGGCGCAGGCGGUGAAAGAAGCGGAAGAGCGCGUGGCGGGAGCGCUGGAGCGCGCAUGGGUGGGGGGCUGGGAGGAGAGCGAGGGGGGUCAGGGGGAUGGCGGCGGCGGAAGCGGAAACCUGGUGCCCGUCAUCGUGCCGUGCCGCGCCCAUACUGCCUCUUCCACUUCCUCCGCCCCUUCCACCCCUUCCGCUUCUUCCACCUCCUCCGCGUCGUCCGCCGCAUCGCUGCAGCUGCAGCUCGUAAUGCUGCCCUUCGUGCUGCCCCUCUCGAAGCGCGAGCAGCGCCAACCGCAGCAGCAGCUCUCCCACACGAACAUCCGCGCUCAGCCAACCAAAGGCGGCCACGUGUUCCCGUCGCAGCCGCGUGACGUGGCGCGCUGGCUCGUGCACAUGGCGUGCGUCGACGCCUCGUUGCGCCACAUGGCAGCUGCUGACGUGGACCGCGUCCUCUGGGCGCUAGAGCGGGGCCUGGUCCUCGUAACAGACUCGGCCGCCAAUCGCUCAGGCACAGCAACUGGCUCGGCAGGGAGGCUCGGAGAGCGAGAGAGGCUGUUGAGGAUGCAGCAGCAGGUAACGGCUCUUGUAACUCUGGUGCUGGAGCCGCAAAUCCCGGCGGUCAUGGCGCCUGCUGCUGCGGGUGGUGGCGCUCGGAAGGCGCUAGAAGCGGCAAGUCCUGAAAGUCGCAGCGCUGGGGGCAUUGCUUCAACUGCUCAGGCUGCCGCUGCUGUUGUCGACAAUAGCAGCCCCGUCCCUGCCCCCGCCGCUUCUGCUGACGCCGCUGCGCCUGCUGCUUCCUCUGCUGGUCCUCCUGCCGCCGCCACUGGCGCUUGUCGCGACUCUGACGCUGCUGCCGCCACCGCCGGUGCGGUGGUGCUUGUGCCGACCGAAUGUGACUAUAGCGACGGUCCUGAAGCAACGGAUAAGAAGGAGGAGGAGGCGAGCGACGGCGCGCAGUUUGGCAUGCCGGUAGAACUGCUGCCGUCCAAUCUCGCAGCCUUCGCUGCCAUCGGCCUGCCGGCCGCCUCUCUUGCUGCCGCCGCGUUUGGUGAUAUCGGCCUUCCCCCCGACUCCGCUGCUGCGAGUGAGGAGGCGGAGAGUGAGGAGUGGCAUGAUGCGGAGGAAGGAGGGGAGCAGGCGGAAGAAGGGACGGGGGAGCAGGUGGGGAUCAAGGUGGGAGCAGCGGAGGGGAAAGUGCAGGGGGAGAAUGAGGAAGAGGUGAAGGUGGAGAGCAAGAGUGGUAGCGAUGAGGUGCGGUCCACCGUGUGUCUUCCAGAAGAGCGGGGGGCUGCAGAAGAGGAGGAGCGAGCAGAGGGAAGCGCGGCGGCGAGAGCGGAGGAGAGUGAGAAGGUGAGAGACGAGGCAGUCAAGCCAGACGAAGUGAAGGAGAGAAAGGAGAGAGAGGAGGGAGAUGAGGCCGUCAAGGAGGAGGAGGUUGAGGGGGAGAAACGGGAGGGAGAGAAGAGGAUUGAAGAAGGAGGGGGCGCGCAAGAAGAGGUGCUGCUGGCGCAACUGGCGGCGCUGAUGCCGGCGGAAGGUACGUGCGACCGACGCAGCGGGGAGACAGGCGAAGGGGGAGGCAGGGGCGGAGAUGUGGCUGGCUCGAAUGCAGGUGACGGAAAGACUAUGGCAGCGCAGAUAGAGGCGGAAGUUCCGGAGGAGAAGCGGGGAGGAACGAAGGGGGAGGGCGGAGCGGGGGAGAAUGGGGAGGGGGAGGGGGAGGGGGAGGGGGAGGGGGAGGGGGAGGGGGAGGGGGAGGGGGAGGGGGGGGGGGGGGGGGGGGGGGGGGUGAAGAAGCUGCAGGUUUGCGGUGGUGAGGCGGAAUCAGAGAGUGGUGAGGGGGGAGGCUCUCUGCCUGCGCUGCUCGCUUGCGCCUCCCCGCCCAUGUCUCCGCGCGCACGGCCCGCCGGCCAGUCGUUCUCCGCCACGUCGUCACCCGCCUUCCGCGCGCAGCUGCCGUCAGCAGCGCUGGAGUGGCGCGGAAAGGCCGCCGCAUCUUCCGCGUAUGCUUCCCCCAAGGCUGCGCCAGCAUCUCUCUCCGCGCUCGCUUCCCCCCAGGCUGCGCCAGCUGCGUUCACGUCGCCAGCACUGCGCGCAGCUGCCGCCGCCAGAGCUGCCGCCGCCGCCGCCACUGCCGCCGUCGCCCGCAGCAAGGAUGGGCGCGCGGGGAGCGCGGGGGGCGGGGAGAGCAACACUCACAUGCCGUCCUCAUCGUCAGCGGCGCACUCGCCGCUGCUGUCGCGCAUGCAGCAGCGCGUGAAAGGGGAGGGAGCCGCGCAGGGCUCCCCGGAUGCCGCCAGGAUGCGCGCCGCGGAAUUUCCGCCGCCGCUAGACCUCAGCUGGUCGCAUGACGUCACCACUCCUGCUGCUGCUACUGGUGCUGCUGCUGGUGGUGCAAUGAAGUCGGGGGAUGCGGGGUUGAGAACGAGUGGCGGGUGGCAGCGGAAGGGGGAAUCAACGGCGGCGAAGGCGGCGGUGGUGCGCGCGGAGGCGGCUGCGGCGGCGGUGACGGCGCUGGUGGCGCGGAUUGCGCAGGAGCAGGAGCUCAUGCGGCGAUCCAUAGAGAAAGAGGAGGAGCGGGCGAGGGAGAGGGAGGAGGAGCGGGAGAGGGAGGAAGAGCGGGAGAGGGAUAGGGAGAAGGAGGAAGGGAGGGUGGAGAGAAGGAAGGAGAGGGAGGAGAAGGCAAGGGCGAAUGUGAAAGCGAGAGAGGGUGGGAAGGAGAGUGGGAGAGGGAGGGGGAGAGAGGGCGCAGGGGGAAGGGUGUUGGGGAAGAAGGCGGGGGCAGGGGGACAUGGGGCGGGGAAUGGCGGGACUGCUGCGUCGUUUGACUUCUCCCUGGUGUUUGGGGGAAGGGAUGGCGGGCGGGGGAAGGGGGAGAAGGCGGAGAAGCGCGAAGGGGAGGCGGAAGCGAAAGGGGAGAGAGAGAAAGGGCAAGUGUCGCGGUCUGUUGACUGGGGAGAGAUUGGGAGGAUUGAGAGAGGAGAGGUGGUUGUGGGGAGUGAAGGGAGUGAGGGUGUAGAGUGGGAGGAGGCUGGGGAGGGAAGCGAGAGCAUUGGAGUGCUGGUUUUCGAGGAGGGAAGGGCAGAGGAGGAGGUAGAGGCGAAAAGGAAGGAGCAGGAGGAUAGGGAGGAGAGAGAGGCGAGGGAGGAGAGAGAGGUAAGGGAGAAGGAAGCGAGGGAGAGAGAGGAGAGGGAGAAGGAAGCGAGGGAGAGAGAGGAGAGGGAGAAGGAAGCGAGACUUGCAGCAGUGGCAGCGGCUGCAAGAGCAGCUGCAGAGGCGGCAGGAAAGGCAGCCGUUGCAGUCAGCACCGGAGGUGGUGUUGCAGAGCUGGUGGAAGGAUGGGUGGAGGGGGAGGAGGAGGAGGAGGAGGAGGAUGAAGAGAGUGUGACCUCACCUCUCGCACCACCAGCCAACCCACCAGCAGCAGCAGCAACAGCAGCAGCAGCAGCAGCAGCAGCAGCAGCAGCAGCAGCAGCAGCAGCAGCAGCAGCAGCAGCAGCAGCAGCAGCAGCAGCAGCAGCAGCAGGGCCAGGAGGAACCCAUAAGAUGCCAGCGCCUGUUCAGGACGAGGAAGUUCUCCCACUGCGGUCCCGCCGCAGCUCCAAGCCCUCCUCUCACCUCACCGCACAGGCAGGCGCCACUCCUCGCCACCCCCGCUCCGCUGCUCCCUCUGCCAAAGCGUCCCCCACGCAGAGCAGCAAGGGGUCGCCUGCUGCUGCCCCCUCCGUUUCCUCUUCCAGACUAUCCUACUCCACCCCGCCGUCUCCCGCACCGUUUGGCCUCGUCCCCCCAUCCCCCACCCACUCCCUCGUGUCCUCCACGUUCGCUCGAAUCCCCGCGUCUCCUGGGCGGGAUCUGUUUGGGGGAUCAGCUUUCAGCAAGGAGCGAAAGGUGGAUCAUGGCGCAGAGGGCGUGGGGAAGCUUUCAAAGCAUGCUGCUCCGAGUGGGCGGCGGGAAAUCGUGAUUCGGAGGUGCUUGAGAAGUGACUCUGUUGUCAAGAGGGUGUCAAACCUGGAUGCAAGACUUGAUGGAAGAUUGGCGCUGUAUAAAACAGAUGUGGCUAAGGAUCCUCCUCCUCCUCCUCCUCCUCCUGCUGCUGCUGCUGCUGCUGCUGCUGCUGCUGCUGCUGCUGCUGCUGCUGCUGCUGCUGCUGCUGCUGCUGCUGCUGCUGCUGCUGCUGCUGCUGCUGCUGCUGCUGCUGCUGCUGCUGCUGCUGCUGCUGCUGUUGCUGCUGCUGCUGCUGCCACAGCUGUUGCACCAAUCCGACCUCCUCCACCUUCUCAGUCUCUUCAGUAUGCAGAGGAGGGCAGUGCUGCUCCCUGCGAUUCAUGUCCCAUUAUCGCAGGGUCCACACCAGCACAGGCUUGGUCACAGGCUUGGGGAGAGGCACUGAAAGUAGACAGUAGUUCAUCAAUGACAGAAAAGGGACGCUUCUGCCCACUCACAAGCGUAUCAGCGGUGGUGGCUGUUACUGGCUGUGAGGGUGAGGCGCUCCCAGUGGGUGCCUUGUGCUCCGAAUCGAAUCGAAUCGAAUCGGAUGUCACCGCCGACAGAGGAGCAUCCAUGGCUGAAAAUUGCGGCUUUCUCCCAUUCACGGGCGUGUGA